AUGAGAUCCGCCAUUUUGUAUAGAGAGGGUGUCAGUAUACCGUUUGUGGUACAAUCAGCUAACAGCAGUAUUGGUAAGCGUAACCAAGAGGAACAAGUUGGAGGAGAUCACCAAGUAGGGGUCAUUUUUAUAUUGCAAGUAAGUUUUUGGCGCUUCGUCAUUUCAAUCAACUUCUUCGACGAUUCUACUUCUUCAUACAACAUAUCCCAGGACUCGCUUGUGGCCACUGCAGGAGUAACGUCAGGCUUAGUUUUACCCUCCAAGCUGGCGAAUACGAGUCGUACAUCAGCGAACUCCUCCAAACUUCACUCAUGCAUCUUGAACCCGCGAAACCCAGGAAGCCUUACAACACACAUCAUCUUUCUUAUCACAUCACAGCUUAAGAUGCUACCCACCACUUACACCACAUGAGAAAUUGGUUGAUCCUGGCCGGAGAGGGACACCACGAACGGUACACACAGCAUCCACGGAGUCUGCCACGCGUUACCGCUGUUUGUUUAUCUUAGACUGGUUUGUCUGGUCCCCGCCGAAGACUCAAAUCGCCACAUCCAUCCACGAGACGCACAAGGCUCCGUUAAGGAUCAAAAUUAAAUCCGCGAGAGAUACAUUAAUAGCGGGAGAGAGAGGAAAACCGAAAGGGAGAAAGAGAUGAAACGAGAACAGCUAGUG